AUGCCGGUCCGCAGGGGUCACGUCGCACCCCAAAACACUUACCUGGAUACCAUCAUCCGCAAGUUUGAAGGCCAGAGUCGGAAGUUCCUGAUUGCCAACGCUCAGAUGGAGAACUGCGCCAUCAUUUACUGCAACGAUGGCUUCUGUGAACUCUUUGGCUACUCGCGAGUGGAGGUGAUGCAGCGGCCGUGCACCUGCGACUUCCUCACUGGCCCUAACACACCGAGCAGCGCCGUAUCCCGCCUGGCCCAGGCACUGCUGGGGGCUGAGGAGUGCAAGGUGGACAUCCUGUACUACCGCAAGGAUGCAUCCAGCUUCCGCUGCCUGGUGGAUGUGGUCCCCGUGAAGAAUGAGGAAGGAGCUGUCAUCAUGUUCAUUCUCAACUUCGAGGACCUAGCCCAGCUGCUGGCCAAGAGCAGUCACCGCAGCCUGUCACAGCGCCUGCUGUCCCACAGCUUCCUGGGCUCCCAUGGCUCUCAUGGAAGAUCAGGUGGUCAGGGCCCUGGUGCAGGCAGGGGCAAGUACAGGACAGUCAGCCAGAUCCCGCAGUUCACACUCAACUUUGUGGAGUUCAACCUGGAGAAGCACCGCUCAGCCUCUACCACGGAGAUCGAGAUCAUCGCCCCGCACAAGGUGGUGGAGCGGACACAGAAUGUCACCGAGAAGGUCACGCAGGUCCUAUCGCUGGGCGCAGAUGUGUUGCCCGAGUACAAGCUGCAGGCACCACGCAUCCACCGCGGGACUAUCCUGCACUACAGCCCCUUCAAGGCCGUGUGGGACUGGCUCAUCCUGCUGCUGGUCAUCUACACGGCUGUCUUCACACCCUACUCAGCUGCCUUCCUGCUCAGCGAUCAGGAUGAGUCCCAGCGCGGCGCAUGCGGCUACACCUGCAGCCCGCUCACCGUGGUAGACCUCAUUGUGGACAUCAUGUUUGUGGUGGACAUCGUGAUUAACUUCCGCACUACUUAUGUCAACACCAACGAUGAGGUGGUCAGCCACCCCCGCCGCAUCGCCGUGCACUACUUCAAGGGCUGGUUCCUCAUCGACAUGGUGGCUGCCAUCCCCUUUGACCUGCUCAUCUUCCGCACUGGUUCUGAUGAGACCACCACCUUGAUUGGACUCCUGAAGACAGCACGGCUGCUGCGGCUGGUGCGCGUGGCACGGAAGCUGGACCGCUACUCCGAGUAUGGGGCAGCCGUGCUGUUCCUGCUCAUGUGCACUUUCGCGCUCAUCGCACACUGGCUGGCCUGCAUCUGGUACGCCAUCGGCAAUGUGGAGCGGCCCUACCUGGAGCCCAAGAUCGGCUGGCUGGACAGCCUAGGCGCACAGCUUGGCAAGCACUACAAUGGCAGCGACCCAGCCUCGGGCCCCUCGGUGCAGGACAAGUACGUCACAGCCCUCUACUUCACCUUCAGCAGCCUCACCAGCGUGGGCUUCGGCAACGUCUCGCCCAACACCAACUCCGAGAAGGUCUUCUCCAUCUGCGUCAUGCUCAUUGGCUCCCUCAUGUAUGCCAGCAUCUUCGGCAACGUGUCGGCCAUCAUCCAACGCCUAUACUCAGGUACAGCACGCUACCACACGCAGAUGCUACGCGUCAAGGAAUUCAUCCGCUUCCACCAGAUUCCUAACCCGCUGCGGCAGCGCCUCGAAGAGUACUUCCAGCAUGCCUGGUCCUACACCAACGGCAUCGACAUGAACGCGGUGCUGAAGGGCUUCCCCGAGUGUCUGCAGGCCGACAUCUGCCUGCACUUGCAUCGCGGUCUGCUGCAGCACUGCCCUGCCUUCCGCGGGGCCAGCAAGGGCUGCCUGCGAGCGCUGGCGGUCAAGUUCAAGACCGCUCACGCGCCUCCCGGGGACACACUGGUGCACCUAGGGGACGUGCUCUCGGCUCUCUACUUCAUCUCCCGCGGCUCCAUCGAGAUCCUGCGCGACGACGUGGUUGUGGCCAUUCUAGGGAAGAAUGACAUCUUUGGGGAGCCCGUCAGCCUCCACGCCCGGCCAGGCAAGUCCAGCGCAGACGUGCGGGCCCUGACCUACUGCGACCUGCACAAGAUCCAGCGGGCAGACCUGCUGGAGGUGUUGGACAUGUACCCUGCCUUCGCCGACAGCUUCUGGAGUAAGCUGGAAGUCACCUUCAACCUGCGGGAUGCAGAUGGGGGUCUCCAGUCAUCCCCCCAACAGGCCGCAGGCAACGGAGACCACCCAGGCCUUUUCCUCAGUGACAACCAGGCAGAUGCAGCCCCUUCCAUAAGUAUCUCAGAUGCAUCUGGCUUCUGGCCCGAGUUGCUGCAGCCAAUGCCCUUAAAGCACAGCUCCCCGACCCCACAGGAAGACACAGACUGCUGGCCCAGGGAGCUAGGCUCCAGGCUGGAUGAGCUCCAGGCCCAGGUGAACAGGCUGGAGUCCCGCCUGUCCUCAGACCUCAACCACAUCCUGCAGCUCCUUCAGCAGCCCAUGGCCCAGGGCCAUGCCAGCUGCAUCCUGGGAGUUCCCACCUCCAGUGACCUGGCUUUGUUUCCUGUGGCCUCAGGGACUCAGAGUCCAGAAACCCUCCUCGCCACUUCGCAUCUCCCUCUCUCCUGCUCCUUCCAGAUCCCAGGCUUUGGUGACUUGGACAAAUGCAGGCCGAAGCACAGGAAUUCCUCCUCCCAAAUGCCUGACCUGGUGGUGGCAGCAGCGGAUCAAACUCUGACGCCAUCCUCCGACCAGGAGCGGCCUGAGGGGCUCCUGUCACCCCUGACCUCCCCUUUGCAGCCCCUGGAGGUACAGGGGCUCCUCUCUGGUCCACGCUUCCCCUCUCUCCCUGAACACCUUGACUCUCUUCCCAAGCAGCUGGAGUUCCAGAGAUAUGGUUCUGAUCCUGGGUUUGCCAGGAGUUAG